GCCCCAACGCUUGUUUCCGCACACACUUCUCACCUCGCACUGGCAGUUGCGGGGGAAAGGCAGGCACAACGACCAGCACAAGCACAAGACAGCCAGCCAACUCUAGCAGCACCACACACACUCAUACACACACACACACACAUACACAUACACACGCGACUUGCUCUUGCUUCUUCAUAUCAUCUCGAGGAGGGAGCACCAAGGCAAACCACCCAAGCGUGUGUGCGUGCGCGUGUGUGCGGUCGAGCGUCCGACGCCGUGUGCGUGUGAGUGCGAGCUUGUACGUUUUCAGCUAACGGAGGGGAGCAGUCGACUCAAGAAACAAGAGCACAAACGCACAAGCUAGCGCAAGCAAGCAAGCACCGACCGACGACCGAGGCCGACUUUCCAUCGCACCAACAAGACUCAACCGCAACGACAUCAGGUCUCUCCUUGGCGUGAGGCAACCAAGCUUCAAGAAGAACAUCAACCACCUGCUGCUGCAGAAGAUCGUCGCUCCCCAGCGUCUCUGGACCAAGCAACUACCAUUUGUUGCCGCAUCAACUCAAACUCGAGGUGACUUUGUUGCAUUACUACUCCCUGAAGCGCCACACCAACCACAAAGCCAACCAUGAACCCACACCAGCCGGCCGACCUGGCAACCUCGGAGCCUGCCCCCACGCGUCAGCCUGGCGGCUCCAAGCGCCUGCACGAUGAAAGAGCAGAUGGACAAAAACUCAAGCGAAGCGCCUUGCAGGACAUGACCAACAGCACCACAUCAGGACAGACGGCAUCGCGAAUGGCAGGCGCAACCUUCACACGAAGGACCCACAUCCAGCCAGACACGACGGGUCUGCCCGAGCUUGCCGCCCGCCGCGAACGGGAGGAGAGGCAACAGUCGCGUCCAGCCACAACUGCGGCCACUGCCAUGCCAGACCUGCGCGUGCAGCAAGACGAUCAGACCCUGCCGCCUCGCCAGCCCACCCAGCACAUGACCAGGCACCCCGUUGCUUUCGCUCGACAGGACGUGCGGCCAACGCCUGCGCUCACCCACUUCCACCCUCCCUCUCAGACGACGACGACAACGACGACAGCACUUCCUGCGGCAACGCGUCUGAGCAGAGGUUCCUCGGCCGCUUUCACUCAAGCACGCCAGCACCAGCAGCAACAGCCUCUUCCACAGGGUCCUGCGUAUGAUCGAGCUUACUCGCACCCUUCUGUUGCGACCGCGUCCACCUGCGCCCCCGCCACAACAGCUGUGGUCCCUCCAGUCUCGAUGCCAGUGCCCGUCUCACGCACAACUUCGUCCUCAUCCACUUCUUCCUCUUCCUCGUCGACCACACUUGCUUCCACCUCUGCAUCACUUAGUGCUGCCCCCUCCACGACUGCCGUUAUGCCCAACCAUCAGCACCACACAAGUACAAGCGUUGCUUCGGUCGUGCCACAGCAGCAGGGACUGACUCCACUCCCGGCCCUGCUUGGCAGUGCAGAUUUUGUUGACAUUGAUCGCCCGUACGCGCAUGACGAGGGCCGUGUUACCGAAUAUGUCGAGAAAGUUAUGACUUACCUGCGUCAUCUGGAGAAGAAGUUCCGUCCUCAUGCAGGCUACAUGGGGCGCCAACGCGACAUCAACCACAACAUGCGGUCCAUCCUGGUUGACUGGCUGGUGGAGGUGACAGAGGAGUACCGCCUGCAGCUGCAGACGCUCUACAUUGCCGUUGGCUACAUUGAUCGCUUCCUCUCGAACAUGGCGGUGCAGCGCAGCAAGCUGCAGCUUGUUGGCGUCACGUGCAUGCUUCUUGCGGCAAAGUACGAGGAGAUUUACCCUCCCAGCGUCAACGAGUUUGUGUACAUCACAGACAACACGUACCGUCGGGAGCAGGUGCUGAAGAUGGAGCAUGUUGUGCUCAAGGUGCUCCGCUUCGACAUGGGCGCCUGCACCGCCCUUACGUUUCUUGUGCGCUUCAUCCACGCCGCGUCCGCCACCCCUCCCUCCCACUGUCUCGCCCUGUAUUUGGCUGAGCUGAGCCUCCUCCUUGGCAACAAGUUUAUUCAGUACCUGCCGUCGGUGAAGGCAGCCGCCGCCAUUUGCCUCAGCCAGCAUACGUUCGCCCGCCCCGUUUGGACCCCGACCUUUGAGCGCUAUUGCCGCCUGUCGCCCGAGGAGGUGCAGCCAUGCCUGAACGAUAUGUUUGAGGCAAUGACGUCUGCUCCUCACCUUGAGUACCAGGCUAUUCGUGAAAAGUACAUGGAGCGCCGCUUCCACUCGGUUGCCGGCAUUGCGGCCCCGACUUCCUGCCCUCGCCUCGUGGAUCUGCGAGGUGGCAGCCAGGUGUGAGCACGCUGUUGCCUGGUGCCUCGGGGUGCCGGACAAGUUCGCUUUUUUGAAUAUUUUCGCGCUGAUCGACCUCCCUUGUUGAAGUGUUCGCAUCGGUGGACUAAUGCCCUGGUAUGGAUCACCGAGGUGGCUCUUCAACUGCUUUGUCGUCUGCUUCCUCCCUUGCUUUGUUGGUUCUUUGCCUUCAUGGUUAAACGCCUCCUCCCUCUUCUCUCUUUCCUUCCUCCCCCCCCCCCUCCGUUCCUUGGUUGUACGCCGUUGCCACCCUUUUGCAGUGGUGGGAUGGUGAUGGGCCUUGGGUCUCAUGAUGUCACACACAUACAUGAGUGGCAUUCCCUGGCCCUUCAGGCCUUCUUUAUUUUGUUGCCCCUCUUUUUCCUUUUCCUUUUCCUUUCCCUCUCCCUUUUCCCUUUUCCUUUCUUUCUUUGUGCCUUUCCCCUCCUCGCAUGCAUGUUCCUCUUGUGGCUCUUCGCUACGGGCUUGUAUUUCUGUGCUUCGUUUAAUGGGCGUGUAGUAUGUGGCUGUGUAUUGUGUGCUGGAUGGUUAGCUGUGUCGGGGAUGUGUCACGUUUGCGUUGGUUAUCCCUGACACCGAUUGGUUGAUUACUCGUCUCUCCUUCGCCCGUUGGGUUGCUUGUUCAUGUUUCUUACUCGUGUCGCUGCUUAUCAUCGUUCCUGCUGUUGCGCCUCUUUGUACUGCUUGGUUGAUAACACAAAUAAACAUCUCUCCUCUUGUUUCAA